AAACGAGCAGAAGCUCGUGCGAUAUUCCGCCGAGAGGUGGAUAUUUGGUUUGGGUUUAGUCACCCCCACGUUGUUCGGCUCUUUGGUGCCUGCCACAUUGGUAGACCCUUCUUCCUAUGGUCGAAGCUGCAUGAAGCAGCGUUGGGUGUCCAGUAUUUGCAUGCACGCGAGAUUGUCCAUGGCGACCUGAAGGGGAACAACAUCGUAAUCGGGAGCGACAAGAAGGCCAAGGUCACUGACUUUGGUCUUAGCUCGGUCGCAAGUAGUGAGGAACAGGCGCAUUUGAUUUCAGGUGCUUGGCACUGGCUAGCGCCUGAGUGCUUACUCGACACCAACAAGCGGCCGACGAUUGCGGCGGAUGUGUAUUCAUUGGGCAUGUGUGUGAUCGAAGCACUGCGAGUUGUGGAGGCGGCGAAGCUCAGCCAAGACUCCUGUCACUGUCUACCGUGGCGUGUUGCUGACAGGGUUGUUGUCAAGUACCACGCCACGCACGGCACGCUGCCAUCUCGCCCCACAAUCUGUGAAGACGGUCAGUGGGAGCUGAUCCAGCGUAUGUGCGCGCUAGAUCCUGCCCAGAGGAUCAAAAUCUCGACGGUG